AGGAGUGGAUUUGAGAUUCUCAAUUUAACUCAAUUAACUUAAUAUUAUGUAGCCGGAAAAAAGUUCGACUAGAUCAAAGCCCGUUUCCAGAGCAUAGCAGUGCCAUAGGUCCUCGCCCAUCCUGAAAAAUGCCGAAGAAGGGGAAAAAAGACAAGGGGAAGAAAGGAAAGAAAAGCGUUUUCGCAUCCAAGUCGGCACCAGCACCCGAAGUGCCUCCUGAACCAGUUUUCGAUAGAAGUGUGCCGGUCUUCUCCUUCGAUCUGGUUAUCACUCGAUUGGAGGUAAAGGGCGUUGCCCUAACUGACCCCAGAAAACUGCUGGUGAAGGUCGGCUUUGGGGGCAACAACCUCAGUCUCACAGCUAGUAGGACCAAUGUGAGCGAGUUCAAGCCGAAUGCCAGUCACACCUUCCAGGCGGAACCACCAAAUCUUGCCCAGAAAGUCGAAGAAAGUGGCAUAGACUUUGAGGUGGUGUACGACGAGCAAGUUGUUGGCUUGGGCAAACUCAGUCUGCCCAAAAGAUUAAGCAGCAGAAUCAAGCUGGACAUGAAGGCAUUCUCGUACACUAGCACUUGUCCCCUGGAAAUGGCGGGGAAACCAGUUGGCGGAUUAGAGUUCCUUUGCAAGCUGUUCAUCAAAUGUGGCGAUUAUGCCAGGGAGGGCGAAACCUGUCCCAAUUUGGAUAGGAAUCUUAGUCCCAAGGACAUAGUUUUUGUGGUCGGCAAAUCGCAGGCGAAUACCAGCUGCUGCGAUCCCUGUCGAGAUGCUCUGGAAAUCGAGGCGAGAAAACAGAAGGACUAUAGUAUUCAAUCGGGUUCUGCUCCAAAAUAGAGAAAAUUUAGGUUGACGUAA